UGUUAUCAACCCUUUCCCACACAUUUAUAUGCACAGUAGAGUUGGAGAAUUGAAAUGUAAGAUAUACAUAUUACACAGAAAUGAAUUAAAUACACGACCAUGGAGAGGUCGGGAGUGGCGAUACAGGUUCAGCCCCCGGAGCUCAAUUUUAGUGGGAGCAGCUUAUAUUCAGGUGCGCUCAAUAGUCCGAAAAUUGCAGUAAUGUGACUUUAUGUAUGCAGUGACAAAGUCACAAAUAAUAGAAAAAAAAUGCAUUGUUAAUGGGACUGGACUUUAUAUAGUUUAAAAUUUGAAAUACGUUUGGAAAAAAAAAAAAACAAAAACAGACAAAAGAAAAAAAAAUACGCAGUGAUGACGACAUGGCUUCCUGUGGCACAAGUGAAAGUAUAAAAACCUCAUCUUUGUCUCAUUCACUUUGAAAUCAUCACCUGCAGCACCACAGCAGCCCGCAAGGUAACGUCACAUUUCCACUCACUGACUUAUGCUGAUAAUUGACUUAAUUUUUUAUCAUUGUAUUUUUUUUAAAUCAAAAACUAUACUAUUAUUAACAACAUUAUUUGUUAAUAUUAAAGAUCUUUGUUUCCCUUUAUUUCCUAAUGGAUAUGUUUGAUUUAGGAUAAGGGUUCCCAUAUUCCAAUUACAUACAUAAGCUAGACAACUAAAAAAAGUAAAUACAAAAAUAGAACACUGUAUAUUACUAUUGUAGACACUGUUAAAUAAGAAAAUGCGAACAAUGUGAGUCUUAGGUUAGACACGUUAGGUUUAUGUAUUACGUUGAUUGUUUUGAUUAAUGUCAUAAGGUUAAAGUACUAGUAUUAGCCAUGCAGUGUAUCACAAAGAUAAAUGCUGACAUUUGGAAUCAACCUAAUAAUGCUAUUGAACCUUAAUUGUAUUCGAACGUCACUGUUUGUCUGGUAUUAAUAACAACGCAAAAUAAUCUUACACUGUUGCUCAUCUUCCCAAAGUCAUGAAGUCUUGGUGGCUAUGCUUUGUGUGCUGUUGCUACAGUGUCCUCACAACAAGUGGCUGCUUCAGAGUUGAUGGAUACUCCUGCGUAACCGCAUACCGGAAAUCUAUCACGUGCGUCGUAAACAUCACCGUAAAUCCCAUGGGACAGACCAACACCACGUACACCCUGAGGUUGACUGACCGAAGCGAGAAUGUGACUUGUUAUCUGGUGCCAAGGAAUCACAGUUACACGAGUGAUUGCCAGGUUAAGGACUUACGCUACAAGAACUACAACAUAGAAGUGUGUAGUAAGUCUGGCUGCCAGCCUCUAACGAAGGGAUUUAUACCAAGACAAAACCGUAAGUGAAAUUAUAUAUUUGAUAUCGCACCUGAGUAUAAGUCACAAAACUCAGCUAAAAGAUGGGGAAAAGGCGCAACUUAUAGCCCAGAAAAUGGUGGUAAUCAGUAUCUCAUGCAUCAUAAUCAUGCUUUCUUUGAGGAACAUAAUGCUACGAGACAUUUACUUAUGGUGUUUAUUAGGGAUGUAUUGAUCCAAUACUCGGUAACGGAAUUAUGCCAAAGUCUGGAAGACACAAGUAAUCGAUCAUCAGUGCUACGGACAGCGUUCGGAAAUGAGAAAACGUGAGAUUAAUACAAGAUAUUUUCAUACCAAUAUUCGUAAAGAAUUACAACCUUUCAUAAUCGCCUUCAUGUCAUCGCGACGUUACUCUGAAUCCCUCGCAACAACGAGCUUAGAUUCUUAAAUAUGUUAUGACUGUAUUAUUCUCUCGAAACACAUCGAAUUAUUUUGCUAUUACACAGCAACGUUCGCAUGUUUUUUUCUUUGUAAUAUUUGGGUCACAAAUGUAAUAUAUACUGUCCUUGAGAUCUACUGGUGGAUCCAGAUUUACUGAUUGGGCACCGCUGGAAUAGAGAUAGCAGAAAGACCUAUCAACCCAUCAAAUGGGUCAGAUGGGAAAACCUUGCAAUACCAGAUGUAACCUCUGGACUUCUGAUUAAAUGAGCUCAUUUUUACAAGUUAUAUAACAAAACAAAAAAAAUGAUAGGUUGAUUCGACAAAUGUAAGAUUUGAUGAAUGCUUGUAGUUCAGCUGACAGCACCCCGCGGACUUGAGAUCCACAGAAUGCCAGAGGCCAUCAACAUCACAUGGGAAAGUGGAUACGAAAACCACCCAUACCUCAGAAAUAGCUUGGACUACGAGCUCCUAAUUUCACGGAAAUUGGACAGCAGUAAAAGAAUGACCCUGCAAAAAACUUUUAAGUCAAUUCUGAGAGAAAGACUUGAAGCACCAGCUACAUAUUGCUUUAAAGUGAGAUCAAAAGCCUUUGUCAGAGAUUACAGUGGGACCUGGAGUGAAUGGAGUUCAAAGAUUUGCGGGGAUUUUGCAAAGGAAGAACAAGACAACAUAUUAUUAACCUUGACCACGUACCUGGGACCUGUGUUUGUGACUGUGGGAUUUCUAUUGGUUGCAUUUCUCAGCCCUUCUGCCAGAAUGAAGAUGAAUAUUUUUUCCAUACCGUCACCGGCACCUUUUUUCAAACCACUGCUUCAGCACCAUGAAGGGAAUGUCAAGGAGUGGCUUUCCCCUUGGGGCAACUUUGCGUUAACACAUGAGAGUGAUGAAAUUCUGACUAUUGUGAGUAUUGAACCGAAAGUCACGGAAAUCAACUCAGAAGAGAUCAAGGAAUCCUGGGACUCUUCACUUACACCACUGACACUCACAAAGUGUCAAAACUCCUACGUGUGUGUCCCUAAGACGACUGAGCUUUCCUUAACCAUUCCAUCAAAUCACACAGAUCAAAAUCCGAUUGGUUGAAAAAAAAAAUCAUUGGGAAACCAUCGAGAUACGAUUGGAUGAAAAAGUCAAGCAUAUGCGACUGGAAGCAGCGCAACCAAGCGAAUCAUCGGUAUCAUUUCAAUACAUGUUGAUGUAAAUAUAUUGACGAAAUUAGUCACUGGUUCUGACAUUGUUUAGGCCAGCGGAGAAGGCUUUGCUGGCCUUGAUAGUACCCCAGAGGUCAAAGGCCAGCUGGCAGGCUUAUACUCGAAAUAUAUCAGCUAAAGAAGGAGGAAUUAAAGAAAAAAACAUCAGAAACUUAGGUAAUGGUCAGCAAUUUAAAUACUGACUGUUAUCUCGUUUUGAUUAGGUUCUUCAUCAGAAAGAACGCACUGAGAACAAGGAUAAUGGUUAAACAUGAAUGUACUCCAUGUUUAACAGUCAUGCACUGGAGUCUUUGGCUUUUGCUUUCUCAGUUCAGAUUUUUUUUUUUGUGCUCAUCCAGGACAGGAUUCUCAACUUUCAUCACCUUGAGCUCUGGAGAGGCCAUA